AUGUUUGCUUUCAGACUUAUGUCUAUAUAUUUUUCUUUUUCCUCAGGUAAUGCAUUUGUGGUGAGCCUGGCUUUGGCUGAUCUGGUGGUGGCCUUGUAUCCGUACCCACUGGUGCUCUUAGCUAUUUUCCACAAUGGAUGGACUUUGGGUGAAAUGCACUGUAAAGUGAGUGGCUUUGUGAUGGGACUCAGUGUAAUUGGCUCCAUUUUCAACAUCACUGCAAUUGCAAUAAACCGAUAUUGCUAUAUAUGUCAUAGUUUUGCCUAUGACAAAGUGUACAGCUGUUGGAACACAAUGCUGUAUGUCUCCUUAGUCUGGGUAUUGACAGUAAUUGCAACUGUGCCAAAUUUUUUUGUUGGCUCUUUAAGGUAUGAUCCACGCAUCUACUCAUGCACAUUUGUACAGACUGCAAGCUCCUACUAUACAAUAGCUGUUGUGGUAAUUCACUUCAUCGUCCCUAUCACCAUUGUGAGCUUCUGCUACCUUCGAAUUUGGGUUUUAGUGCUUCAAGUUAGAAGACGAGUCAAGUCAGAAACAAAGCCAAGACUGAAGCCAAGUGACUUCAGAAACUUUCUCACCAUGUUUGUGGUUUUUGUGAUUUUUGCCUUUUGCUGGGCACCUCUAAACUUCAUUGGACUGGCUGUAGCCAUUGAUCCUAUGGAAAUGGCACCAAAGGUUCCUGAAUGGUUAUUCAUUGUAAGCUACUUCAUGGCCUAUUUCAACAGCUGCCUUAAUGCAGUAAUAUAUGGACUUCUUAACCAGAAUUUUCGGAAUGAAUACAAACGAAUUUUAAUGUCACUGUGGAUGCCCAGACUUUUCUUCCAGGAUACAUCCAAAGGAGGAACUGAUGGUCAGAAGAGCAAGCCUUCUCCUGCUUUAAACAACAAUGACCAAAUGAAAACUGACACUUUAUAAAUGUGUAAUAGUCAAUGCAAAAGUCUAUAAUGGAGAACUCUAAAAAUAUAGCUGUAAUGUUGUGGUCAUUCUUGCUUACUUUUGGGGGCUUUCCAUUUGGAUGACACUUUGUGACUGGAACACUGUCUUCUUGAUAAAGCA